AUGUUAAUAAUAAGGCUAAGUUAAAUCUUAGUAUUAUUUAACAUUCGAUUAAAAUGCGAUAUGAAUUAGAGCAACAGAUUAAAAUAGUAUUUAUAUUUUUGUUAUGUUGCUUUAUGGAGUAUAGUUUUCAACAUCAUAUAUUAGCUAAUAGUAUAUAAUAAUACUAAAAUAGUAUAGUAAAAUAUUUAAAUCUAUUUUAGAGAUUUAAUUAGAUAAAUAACAUAGAAUUUAGAAUAACAAAUUUAAGUUGAACCUAUUUAAGGUUUCAAGGAUUCUGUGUCAUUAUAUAAUUAAUAAUUAGAUAAGCUAAUAUAAAUAAAUCUAUGUUAAAAUACAAAAGAAAUUUUCAAUAAUUGA